AGUAGGGAGUGCUGCUCUGGAGGCGGCAGGGAAGAAGCUGAAGGCUAAACCUGCAGGCUCCGAUAAGCUGAUAACCAUAAAAGCUGCAACCCUCCCAGAAGAGCUUUAUCGAUUGUCCUUCCGUCGGUUCCGGCUGGAGGGAGAGAAGGAAGAGGAGUAUCCUUUGAUUAACCGAGGGUACCAAAAUGCCGGAGGUUGUUGCCGAGGGAUCUCUUCUUCAGUACUUAGAAUUUUUUUUUUUUGUUUUUUUUUUUGUUUUUAGCAUCACUCUGAUUCUAAUUCUUCUUGCCUUUUGCAGGUGACAUCAUGGACCCCAAGGCAUUUGCGAAGUUAUCCAAGCAACUGGCGAAGGAUGAAAAGAAGAAGAAGAAGGAGGGGCCUUCAACCCAAGCACCCGUCGAUUCCUUUUUCAAAAAGGACAAGGCUCCCGAGGGCCAGGGACCCUCCCAGGAGGUUGUAGCCGCUGAUGCCGGCACCGGUGCUGGAGGCUCCCAGGCGGGGGAGCUGAAGAGAAAGAAUGCCGGGAAGGGCAUAAAGCCUCCGGAGAAGAAGAAGUCAAAGGGGGAUGUCGGUCAGAAGGCUCCCCCGGUAGUGAUCAUUGACGACCCCCCCGCCAGCCAGCCAUCGGCCUUCGCUCCGCUGGAUGAUUUUGACGAGGGCGCCUGGCCCUUAGAGACCGUGCAGUUCCCCAUCAAGAAGGGGACUGCCCUUAUGCAUGGCACCCUCGAUCCGAGGGAGUUUCUGAGAGGUGCCACCCCCCCUCUGGAUCGGUCUACUCUCAGCCGGUUUGGGGACGAAACCCUCGAGCUCAAGGCUCUCCAGGCCUCGGCUACUGCUAGUGUUGCCUUCGGGGAGCUCGUCCGGAGGGCGGAACAGCACCGGGUUGAGAAGGCGAAGUCUGACGAGGCCAUGCGGAAACUUAUCGCAAAUAACACCGAGGCCAUCAGGCAGCUGGCUGCCUUAGAAGAGACCCUCCGGCAGGCUGAGCAGAAGUUGGAGGCUGCGAGGCAGGAAGCUUGGGUCGAGGGCAAGGCAGAAGCGGAGAGGAUUGCCGUUGAGGCUGCCAAGACCGCCGCCGAUGCUGCCGAUGUUGCCAAGAGGGAGGCGGUAGCUGACGCGGCGAAGGGUGCCAUCGAUGCCUUCAAGGCUGGGGGCUGGAGGACUGAGAGCCACCAGGAGUGGAUGGCCUCGGUCGUGCCGGAGCUUGUUGAAGAAUGGGUGAAAGGUCCCGGGGCCAUGUGGCUAGCCCGUAAGGGCAAGUCCUUUUAUGAGGGGGGCCAAUACUUCACCCAGGCCAUGCUAUACCGGAGGCUGGCCCGGCACCUUGGCAUGGACCCAAAAGAAUUUAAGCCUGAGACCCAUGGCUUCCCUCUGUUAGUUCCAGACAUCAGGAUCCCCCUUCCCGAGGGCAAGGAGAGACAGCUGCUGGAGGAUUCAGAGCUUGACGGGCUGGCCUCAGAUGAUGAUGAAGAUGCCGAGGAUGAUGUAACCUCGAAGCCGAAGGAUGAAGGCCUCAGCAGCUGACACUUAGUAUUGUUUUGUAACACCCUUGAUGUAAUAGACAUGAUAGCUUCCGGCUUCGGCCUGUGUAUGUAAAGAAACACCUUCCGUCACUUUGAAUAUUUCUUUCUCAAUGGUGAAUGCUUUGCCUCCGGGCUUCUUG